GCAGUCGGGACCAGGAUCUAUCGGUGUUGAUUAGAGGAAGACUUCGGGAGCAGACAGAGGAAAGGGGUGUGACCGCUCCAAAAGUUUCUUCAGUGGGCUACCUGCAGAGGCAUAAAUACUGCCCCUCCUCCCGAGAGUUGGUUCAGUCCUGAGGGAGACGCACAGACUAAAACUCCAAUUUUGGGGAAUCUGGUUGAGGUGGAUUAUGAACGCUUUUGGACACCAGGCACCGAACCAUCAGACCAGCCCCAUUCAGCACCACAGCGCGCAGGAGCUCCUGGACAUGUACUGCGACAACUACGGUGUUUACCAGCAGAACAUCCACCACCACCACCCCCAGAGGCCGCCGACUCACUCCUCCAGCUACGGCCUCGGAGAGUACACCUCCCCGUCCACCAACCCCUACCUCUGGGGCAUCAACUCAUCGCCGUACCUUACAGGGAACAAUGGCUCCUCAUACAUCCAGUCUGGAUACGGGUCGAACCAGAGGCAGUUCCUGCCUCCUCCCUCCGGAUUCGGUGGCGCAGACCUGGGCUGGCUGUCCCUGUCCAGUCAGCAGGAGCUCUUCAAGAUGGUCCGACCUCCCUACUCCUACUCAGCGCUGAUCGCCAUGGCCAUCCAGAACGCACAGGACAAGAAGCUGACCCUAAGUCAGAUUUAUCAGUAUGUGGCUGACAACUUUCCUUUUUACAAGAAGAGCAAAGCUGGCUGGCAGAACUCAAUCCGACACAACUUGUCUCUGAAUGACUGUUUUAAGAAGGUGGCCCGGGACGAGGAUGAUCCAGGUAAAGGGAACUACUGGACUCUGGACCCCAACUGUGAGAAGAUGUUCGAUAACGGAAACUUCAGGCGCAAGAGGAAGAGACGCGCGGACGCGGCCGACGGCAGCGCGCUCCCGGUCAAAUCAGAGGACACCGGUGCGCUCAACAAACUCUCCGACACCGGCAGCCUGCUGAGCUCAUCCCCGCCAAGCCUGCACGGAUCCCCGGCCUCCACAGAGCCCAAGUCGUCCCCGUCACCCUCCGCGGAGCACAGCCCCUGUUUCAGCAGCUUCGUGUCAGGCGUCAACUCGCUGCUGGCGGGCAGUGGAGGGGAGCGGGACUACGGCUCCGGACACCUCGGAGGGCUGACGCAGGGCAACAGGGAGGGCAUGUCGGGACUGGGGUCCUACUCACCCACUUUAAUCCCCCCUCUGAACUCUGACAACAACAGGAUGAACUAUUACGCAUCCGUGCCAAGCAUCUCCAACCAUUUCAGUGUGAAUAACCUCAUCUACAGCCGAGAGGGAACAGAAGUUUAGCAGAUAUUUUUAAAUGUUUCUUUAUUUCUGGUUUGGGUGAUGUCAUUCCUUUAAAGAUCCCCAGACAUCAGCUUGUGCCAGUGCGUCAUUCAAGUGUUUAAACUGCUCUUGUUAUAUAUUUAUUUGUAAAACAAUGAUCCACCCACCCAAACCUAACAAUCCUGUUUGCCCUAAUGUCUUCUAUCUGCUCUUUGGAAGCAAAAAUGAAGACAUUUUUGUACAGAAAUGUUCAUGAAAGAAAGAGGGCAUGUAUGUUCAAGUGAAUUGUGUUUUUUUUAAUUUAAACUCAAAGUGGAUGUUUGAAUAAAAGUCUUAAAUUUGUAACUCCA